AAUGUUUGGUCAUACAGCACUCCUUCUGUUCCAUCCCUGUGUGUGGGACACUGCUGAACAGAUGGGAAAGACACACAAGAUGAGAUCAAGUGCAGGUUUGAUGGAACUCACAGAUAAAUUUACAUUUAAUCCUAAAGAGGGAAUAGACAACCCAGUGAUGGUCACCACAGAAGACACAGUGUGGACACUCAGCCCGCGCCUGUGUGUUCUUAAACAAGAGGAGGGCGGGUCCUAUGGCUUCAAUCUGCGCGUGGAGAGCGGACUCCAGGGUCACAUAAUCAGAAAUGUAGUGUCAGGAGGGGUGGCAGGUCGCAGUGGCCUUCGAGAUGGAGACAGACUUCUGGAAGUCAACAACUGCUAUGUUGACCAUGUCUCUCACCCAGAGGUGGCUAGGAAAAUAACGGUAAGUGGACAGCAGUUAUGUUUAUUAGUGUUGGAUGGGGAGCAGUAUGAGCAGGCUUUGUCCAGAGGUCACGACCUCCGUAGUCUGAGCAUAGCUCACAAGGGCGAGGGAUGCAAACCCCCCAGACUCUGCCACAUCACCAGGGAUCCCGCCUCAGGCCUCGGCAUCACCUUCACACCAGUGAAAGGAGAGAAAGGCCGAUUCUCUGUGAAUCUGUUCCCGCGAGGUGCAGCUGAACAGGCAGGGGUGUGUAAGGGAGAUCAACUGGUGUGGAUGAACGGCGCAUCGGUGGCCGACCUCACACACUCUACACUCAGCAGGAUGAUGAGAAAAUGUGGCGAGCACAUCACCAUCUUAGUGAUCGACAGCGAGAGUCAGAAGAACUACAUGCGACAGAGGAUGCCCAUCCUGCCCAGCAUGGCCGUUUCACAUAACCUGCCUAACAGGCCCAGAAAACUGCACUUGGUCAGCGGGGGUGAUGGGUACGGCUUUGUCCUUCGACUGGAGAAGAAGCGAACAGGACCCACACUUCACGUGCUACGUCAGAUUGAAAGUGGGAGCGCAGCAGAGAGGGCCGGGAUGCAGGAUGGAGAGGUGCUGCUCGAGGUCAAUGGGGAGCCAGUGGAGACACUUACACAUGGGGAGAUUGUGGACAGAGUGAGGCUGAGCAGACACCAGGUCUCCCUCACGACCAUCACUUUCAAGGGGAUGGACUUCUACACCCAGUUGGGCCUGUCACCUCUUCUCUUUAGUGAGGAUGGUGUUGUGAGGGAAAAGGAGAGCAGCGUAUCAGCUGCUGCAGCAGAGCAGCCAGCACAAAAGGAAGUGGAUGGCUCCUGCAAGCCCAGGCACUGCACCCUGCAAAAAGGCCCAUCAGGGUUUGGCUUUCACCUGGGUUGCUUUCCACAAGGUCCUGGGACUUUUGUCAGCCAGGUGGCUUUUGGAGGCUCUGGGCAGAGUGCAGGAUUACUUGAGGGGGAUGUCGUGAUGCAAGUGAAUGGACAAAAUGUGGAGGAGAAGUAUCUGGAGGAUGUGAUUAAGCUUGUGGAGGAAGGAGGAAAGCUUCUUUUCUUACUAGUCAGGGAGGUGAUGGGAGACAACAAGUGCAAGCAGACUGAAACGCAUGUCGGCGACACUGAGUUUGUUUCUCAGCAGGAAGAAGACAACUAUGAAAUAUCAAAUUUGUGAGUGUCAGACAUUCAGAAGAAGACAUCGCCAACUGAACAAACAAACUUGCCUGUUAUAAUUAUUAAAUACGUCAAUAUUGCCUUAAUCAGUUCUAUCAGAAUCACAAAUUAAAUAAGAUACAUUAAACUGCAAUAGUGUAAGUUGAAACAAAUCAUGUAUUUUGGUACGAUUAUCCAUCAAGUGAUUUGAAACAUUGGGCAACAACUGCAACGUUUGAUCUCCGUCAAAUGAAAUCCAGGCUACAUAUAAUGCUCCACGUAAUAAAGGACCACCAUUUUUUUGAUGCAGCUACUGUAAUUUAUUUUUUACAGUAUACAUUUUUACAGUAUGUGAUAGUAGGAUGACUUGAUUUUGCAUUCAUUUUACGGUAUAUGCCAGAAGGCUACCGUUUAUUUCCAAAGCUGCUAUGAUUUUUACGUUUUACUCCCCACAAAUAAAAACCAGACAACUUAAUCAUUUCAGUUUAAUACGGUAAAGUAAAAUAAGACAUUUGCAUUACAUAACAAAACUCACAAUCUACUUUACUCUUUUAGAUGAAAUACGAUACAAUAACAGAAUCAUUGACUACGGUUAGGGACUCAAGCAGUAGAGCACACAGAGUAGCAGAAAUUAAAAUACAUGUGAUAAUGUUAAGUGAUAGAAUUAGAGUUUGUGUGUUAGAUAUUAGUUAUUACAUUAGUGUGUUAGAUCAAAUAAUUGCAAUAUGAAUGAAACACAAUUUAUAAUCAUUCAAGUCAUUUUAAUUACUGUACACAUAAACAUUCUGCCCAAAUUUAACGUUAAAACCUGGAGGAAGUACUUUAAUCCUUCCUUGAUGAAUUUCUCCCAAUUUUCUCCCUGAAGAGGGUUUUUUUUUUUUUUCUCCUGUCAGGUAGUGAGUGAGCAAAGGAUAUAUGACAGCCCUGCGAGGCAAUUAUUUUGUUUUUGGACCUGUGUUAUUAUUAAAGUGUACUAGCUAUUAGCUGAUGAUAUUAUGCAUGCUAUAUUAUGUUUACAUGAUGAAGCUUUAAGCCUAAGGGGUGAUCAUUCAUUGUACUGAAGUGAAUCGGGAUUGGUCGGGUCAAUGAGGGAUUUCAGAUGCGGCCAUCAGAUAAAACCAGGCGGGAGUCAUGUGAGCCAAUUACAUACGACAACAUCACAAGGGACACCCACGUGAGAUCAGAAGAGCUGAGCUGGAGAAGAGGCAGGCAGAAGCCUCUUGUGAACCAAUAUUGAUGGUCAUAUGAGACUGGAGAGGGGGACUUCUUUAUUUUGCAAAAUAUUAUACUAUUCAUGCUUUAUUUCACUUUAACUGUAUUGCUUAAUACUUGUUAGUUAUUAAAUUCUUCAUUUUUAAGCUCGA